AUGUCAUCCUCAAAAUUAAGUCCCUCCUAUUAUGGAUAUGUAGGGUCUACUAAAGAUGCCCUACUUAUCAUUCAAGAAAUAUUAGAAAAACAACUAGAGUCUGUUCCUAGAAGACCCCACGAAAGAGAAAGACCAAGCUUAAUUAAAUCAGGAAAUGUUUUUGUAUUUAUUGAAGAACAUUCUGGUAUAAAAAGAUGGACCGAUGGUAUAGCUUGGUCACCGUCUAGAAUUCUAGGAAGAUUUUUGGUUUAUCGAGAAUUAGAUAAACAUUCAUUAUCCGAAAAAGAUGACAAGAAAAAGAAGAAAAGAAAGGUUAGUAUAAAUUCAGAUAAUAAUUCAGAUCCAUUGGAUAAAUCAAAUCCAAGUUCUUCAAUUCCUCAUGCACAACGUCUUUUACAAAUCCAAAAUGAUACAUCAGCACCUGCUACCUCAACAAAUUCAAGUACUGAAUAUAACAAAACAUUACUAGGUACCCCUGUAGUGUCAUCAUAUGUAUUCAAAGAUCAAGGAUUAAUAAAGAAAACGCUUAGUUUAACUACAAACACAAAAGAUUUACAUAUCGAAAAAAAAGAUGAGAAGCAAACUAUUCAUUUGAUCAGUUACUAUAAUGCUGACGAUGUUUUGAAUGGAAAAUUACAGCGUCCUUCUGAAACUGAUCUUAAAAAUGUCACCAUUUCCAACAGUUUAUGGAAUGCGGUAAAAGAUUCUCUGUUGGGUGGUAAGAUUCCGAUUGAAGAUGAAGCAUAUUAUUUUUUGGACACAAAUUAUCAGUUGCAAAAUAUGUCUUUGUUGCAGCAACCCCCUAACUCCGUUCAAUAUCUAUCUCAAAAAUAUGGACCAUCAGCUUAUCAACAACAAGUUCCUGCCCAUCAACAGUAUAUGCUUCCUGUACCUUCUCAGCAAGGUCAGGGCCAACAACUUGGACAAGAGUAUCCUGUGUAUAAAAGAGAAGAUGAUUCGGGAGGUGAUUUAACUUUCAUAAACCCUUUCACAGGUGGUACCCAUACUCAAGUUAGUUAUGGUGCUAAUAAUGCUGCUACAGUCAGUGGAGGUGGAUCUGCGCCAAGCUCUACUUCUGCUGCUUCGGUUAUUCCAAUGUAUAAUAGUUACUUAGGUCCACCACAACAACAGUAUAGCUAUAUGCAGCCGCCAUCUCAACAACUGGGAAGUAUACCCCAGCAGCAUGAUGGUGCCACUGGAGGUCAGACGUCUUAUUUCCCACCCUUUCCCCAACACUUUCAGCAACAAUCCGUUUAUCCACAAUAUCAUUUCAUGGGACAAUCUACUAAUGAACAAUACCCAGCUGCUAAUGGUGCAAGUACAAACAUGUCUAAUGGUGGAUCUGUUAGUUCUAUUGCUAGUACUGCAAUUCAUUCAGCAAAUCAAGGUAGCUAUUCAGGACCUCAGAGUGCAAGUGGGAAUAAGAAACAAUUCAGGGCUUCAACAUCAAGUACGACGGGAGCCCCUGGUUCUCAGAGCAAUGGCUGGUUUGCGAGCAAUCCUCCUAGUGGAUAUAUUGCAUCGAUUCCACAAUAUGGAUCUUCUACUACAGAAUAUUCUUCUACAUCUACAGUUCCUAGCAAUAGUUCAGGUGAUCCCAGCUUAACUAGUGGAAUUGCUUCCCCCUUACCUCAUAAUGUUAAUUCUUAUUAUGUUGCCAAUCAUCACCCACAUCAUACGCAUCCUAGCCACAAUCAUAUUCAACAUUACUCAACACAUCAAUUGGCAAACAGUACCACGAGUGCCUCUGGAAAUGAUGAUACUGCUAAUCCUCCCAGUUCAAGUACAAUAGGCAAUACUGGUUUAUACAGCUAUUCAAAUUCUUAA